UGUUAAAACCUCGGAUGACAUCCAAACAAAAGAGAUUUAGGAGGGUCGCGAUGCAGAGAGACGAUCCACAGCUCCGGGUGUGAUGGCUGCAUUAAAUGUCAAGGUUUUCACGGGGCUGCAGCUACAGCUAACUGUCCUCUACGAGUCUGUGAACCAGUCAGAGUCUGAUGGAGGGAAGCUAAAUGCUGCUGAUGCUCCAAAGAGUCAACUUCUGUCCGGAGCUCUGCCCCCUGAUCCAACCUGAGGUGUCUCACCUACCUGCACCCAGACUCCACCCUGCUGCUCCACCCUGUCCGGAAUGUAGAGAGACAGGAUGCAUGUUUCAGACUUUGUUCCAGAACACAGCACCUCUCUGUAAUUUCAGUUUCCUCACCAGGCUUCUUUGUGUGUGUCUGUUAAACUAUAAACGAACCUCGUGGAGUUUAAGUGUUAGCUGAUAAUGGAGAGAACAACUUAGCUAACAAACAAAAAUGAACAUCCAAGUUGACUGACUCUCAAAUGGUGCGUGUUUGUUACAGAUGCAGUAUGCGGUGGUGUCCCAUCUCUGUGCUGCACCUGCUGCGCUUUGUACGGUCACACUCCUGCACCAGGAGAGGAAAGAACAGGCUGCCCCCAUGGAUCAGGGAAACAUGGGCCUACCUACGACUGCUGGUGCAGUCACUUUGCUUUAACUCUCUCACUGACUCAGAUGUGGUGUUCGACUCAGUCUUUGAGCCAGUGUUUUGGACUGUGGAUUAUGUCACCCGCUGGUUUGGCACAGUGUUUGUUUGUCUGGUGGUGAUACUGACCAGCUCCAUCCUGGUGAUAGCCUAUAUGGUUCUACUGCCUCUGGUCCUCAACACGUACUCCCCUCCAUGGAUCGCUUGGCACAUUUGUUAUGGACAUUGGAAUCUCGUCAUGAUUGCUUUCCACUACUACAAAUCUGCCAAGACCUCACCCGGGUUCCUCCCCACUGAAAAAAAUGACAGUCCAUUUGUGGCAGUCUGCAAAAAGUGCAUCAUGCCCAAACCAGCAAGAACCCACCACUGUGGUAUCUGUAACAGGUGCAUUCUGAAAAUGGACCAUCAUUGUCCGUGGUUAAAUAACUGCGUGGGUCAUUUUAAUCACCGUUACUUCUUCUCCUUCUGUCUCUUCAUGACACUUGGCUGUGUUUACUGUAGCGUCAGUGGCAGGAACCUGUUCCUGGAUGCGUACAAUGCCAUUGAGCGCUUUAAGCAUUUGGAUAUGGAAAAGCCAGGGGUACCAGUAACAGGGAUGGGACCUCUUAUAGGGCUGCUCCCCCCUGGCCAGACCAACUAUCAGACACCUGCACCACAGUACACUUUUAAGGAAAAGAUGAUUAAUAAGAGCAUCAUCUACAUGUGGGUUCUUACCAGCACAGUGGGAGUGGCCCUAGGAGCUCUGACAUUUUGGCAUGCAGUUCUCAUAUCCAGAGGAGAGACCAGCAUCGAAAGACACAUCAACAGCAAAGAAACAAAGCGAAUGACAAAACGGGGAAGGGUAUACAAAAACCCUUUCAACUACGGCAGGCUGAAUAACUGGAAAAUCUUCCUCGGCGUGGAGAAGACAAGUCACUGGGUUACUCGUGUUCUUCUUCCAUCUGGACAUGCUCCACAUGGUGAUGGGUUGACGUGGGACAUCUUACCAAUUAAAAAGGACCUGAUGCCUGUAUGACAGACCCUGCCUGGGAAUACUUGUAGCUAAUUUCUGUGUCCACCCCCCUCUGGUCAUUCGAUGUGGUUGGCUUUAAGGAUAUGUGCAUGGCGGCUCCAUACAAGGAAGAAAUGGGGUUGUGUCAACCUCCAAUACCUCAAAAACUUUCUGUGGCGUUGCUCAUGGUUCGACAGUCUACAUUUUUCAGCAGUAGAAAGACAAAGUGUCAGUGAUACUUGACAGGGUUUUACUCACAAACUGGUAUUACUCGAAUAUGAGCCAAUUAUGGGUUUGAUAUUUUUAAAAGACCGACAUAUCAUUGGACUGAAAUAC